UCUCUCUGAAGGAGAGCACCCCGCCCGCGCAGGCCUCUUAUACCCCGUCAGGCGUCUAAUCGAGGAUUCCCACGACACGGGUCGGCGCCUGUCCCACCCGGCUUUUGCUGCCACUUCGUCUGUAACACCGAGCUCGACGUGGAACACGAUGCUCAGGGCGCGGUUGUCACAAUGCACACGCACCGUCGCAUCGACCAGUUCGGCUCAUAGCGCACACUUGCACACUACCGCCGCUCUGCGGGUAUCGCACAAGGGCCAGAGCAAGAACAAGAGAGUUCUAGAAAAGGAGGCAGAGGACCUCCAGCGCACCGCGAACCGCCCGCACGUCGUGCUGGGGCAUCGCCCAGGCGACGAGGCGAAGUGGACGAACUGCGAUCUUGCCCGCGUCAUCGUCACCGAGGCGGACGUCGACACCGCACCGGUCCCGCCCCCGGAGGCGCGCUCCCCCGACGACGCGCGCCCGCCGCCGUACAUGAACUUCGGCGUGGGCGAGCAGGAGCGCGAGCUCCUCUUUGACGUGCUCCCGAACCUGAGCAUUGAGGGCUCGAUCAGCGAGAGGGCGAAGCAUAACCCAGCGGCGCUCGCGCGCGAGGAGAAGUACGCGGAUGCGAGGGAAGCGCAGAAGGCGGUGCAGUUUGCGAGGCUCGUCGCGCUGAGGAACGCGAAUGCGAAGGGCAUCUUGUUCGAGAACAAGAGGCGGAUUGUCGCUGCGUUCUCGGAGUCGGAAGACGUGGUGGAUACGGGUCGGCCUGAGGUUCAAGCUGCCAUCUACACAGUGCGGAUACGCGCCGUUUGGAAUCACCUCAUGGAGCAAAAGAAGGACUUCAUCAGCCGGCAGAGACUGCGAGAGCUGGUCCACAAGCGGGCCAAGGUGUUGCGAUACCUGAAGCGGGUCGACAUUGACCGGUAUGAACGAUGUCUCGAACGCAUUGGGGUAGAGCCUGAGAGUGUCGAGGGCGAGCUUGUGGUUUGACGUGACGUAUCUGUUGAUACUUUGCGCGGGUGUUGCAGCUCUACUAUACGUUACUCUGGGAGACUUAUUGCAUUCAGGACCACGUGCUGUCUGGUUCAUGUCGGUGACGCCUUGCUAAAGUGAACGGACCUCUGUUUGUUGUCGCGCCUCAAGAUGUGUGUCAGGGGUGAUAUGUUUGUGCUCCUUGUGCUCCAGGAAACGCGGCUAUGUGCCCAGACUGUACCGAAACCCGUAAUUUCGUGUCCAAAUGGGUCAGCGGGAUGCUCGAUCGA